AUGAGUUGGAACAAUAAGUUAUUAAACAAUAAAUUCAACUUUAAUAAUUUAUAUAGUUUAGGUGAAAUGGAAAGAACAAGUAGUGAAAGUAUGAAACCAAGAAUAUCACAUUUAGAAGAUUCAGAUUCUAAAAAUUUAGGAGGUAUUGAAUAUGAAGGAAGUUCCAAUAUUAUUGAAUUAGAUGAAGAGUUUACUUAUACUGAACAAGAAGAAAGACAGUUAGUACGUAAACUUGAUUAUUUCUUAUUGAUUACCAUCUUUUGGAUGUAUCUCUUAUCAUAUAUGGAUCGUACCAAUGUUGGUAAUGCUUAUAAAAGUGGUAUGGAUGUUGAUUUAGAUAUUGACUCAUCAAAAUAUUCUAUCGUUUUGAUUGUAUUCUUUAUCUUUUAUGUUAUUUUUGAAGUUCCUGCUAAUUUAGUUAUGGUUAAAGUUGGUGCUUCAAGAUUCGUUCCAGCUAUUAUGUGUGCUUGGGGUGUUUCUACUGGUUUGACUGCCCUUGUUAAUAGUUAUGCUCAAUUAAUUGGUUUAAGAGUUGUUACUGCAUUUUUUGAAGCUGGUUUUGCUCCUGCUAUUCUUUUAAUCUUAUCCAGUUGGUACCGUAAAAAUGAACAAAGUAAAAGAUUUUCAGCUUAUAUUAGUGCUGCUAUCUUAUCAGGAGCUUUUGGUGGGUUAAUUGCUGGUUUGAUUACCCAACAUUUACAUAAUUCUCAUGGUAUUGCUGGUUGGAGAUGGUUAUUCAUUAUUGAAGGUGCUGCCACUGUUGCUAUUGGUAUCAUUGGGUUCUUCACUUUAUUACCCCUUCCUCAACAUAUGAAACCAAGUAAAGGUUUUACUGAAAGACAAAUUAAAAUUGCCAUGGUCCGUCUUAAGAGAGAUAACGUUGAUAACGAUUCAGGUGACGGAAUCAGUCCAUUACAAGCUUUAUUAGGUAAUGUUAAAAGUGCUAGAGUUCUCAUGUUAAUUGUUGGUUACAUGGUUAUUGUUGGUUCAAGUACUCUUUCAUACUUCUACCCAACUUUAGUUGCUGGUCUUGGAUAUUCUGGUUCAAUGAUUCAAUACAUGACCAUUCCAAUUUACGCUGCUGCAUUUGUUUGUAAUUUAGUUGUUGCUUUCUUCAGUGACAGAAACAUGCAUCUUAGAGGUUACAUUUUAUCAGGAUUAUUAUGUUUUGCCGGUGUUUUCUCCGUUGUCGUUGUUACUUGUUACGGUUAUACUGUAAGAUAUGCCAUGUUAUGUUUAAUGGCAUCUGCGCUCUGGGCUGCUAACGCUUUAGCAUUAUCUUAUGCAGCUUCAACUUUAGCUGAUAAAGACUCCAAAACAAGAGGGGUUGGUUUAGCUUUAAUUAAUGCCCUUGGUAACUUGGCCCAAAUUUAUGGUGCUUAUUUGUUCCCACUGACCGAUUCUCCAAAAUAUAUUAAAGGUUUUGGUGUCAUUACUGGAAUGUGUUUCUUAGGUUGCGCAACCUAUUUCCUUUCAGCAGUUUAUACAAACAGAAGAUUGAGAAAAUUCGAUCUUGAAAAUAUAUAG